GCCGGCGCGGGGGCCGCCCCGCCCCGCCCUCCAGUGGGAGGCUGCCCAGCGGCCGCGGGCGGCUCCUCCUCGCCGUGACGUGCGGCCGGGGGCAGAGGCGCUCGCUCGCCCUUGGCUGGUCCCCGCGGAGGCUGUUACAAAACGCAGACCCCCGGCGCGGGGCUCAUGGAGGCGACUUAGCCGCUGCCUGCCCCGCGCCGCCCCGCCGCGCCGAGGAUGCUCCCGAGCCCCGUCACCUCCACCCCCUUCUCGGUCAAAGACAUCCUCAACCUGGAGCGGCAGCAGCAGCCGCCCUAUGGCGAGCAGCCCUUUCACGCGGCCGCCUGCCUGCUGGCCGACGGCGCCCGCUUCUCCGACGGCGACGACGACGACGAGGACGACAAGCUGUGCUACCUGAGCGCCAUGGCCGCGGCGCAGGGCCCGGCGGGCGCCGGCGUCUCCCCCGGCCGCUACGGGCACGCCGGGCUGCCGGGCGGCGCCGAGGAGCUGGAGCUGGAGCUGGAGCCGGCGGCGGAGCGCGAUGCCCGCAGCUGCGCCCUCAAGAAGCCGCUGGAGCCGGGCGAGAAGGCGGCGGCGGCGGCGGAGCGGCCCAAGCCGCGGGGCCGCAGGAAGCCGCGGGUGCUGUUCUCGCAGGCUCAGGUCUUCGAGCUGGAGCGGCGCUUCAAGCAGCAGCGGUACCUGUCGGCGCCCGAGCGGGAGCACCUGGCCAGCAGCCUGCAGCUCAGCUCCACGCAGGUCAAGAUCUGGUUCCAGAACCGGCGCUACAAGUGCAAGCGGCAGCGCCAGGACAAGCCCCCGGAGCUGGGCGCGCCGCCGCCGCCGCCGCGCCGCGUGGCCGUGCCGGUGCUGGUCCGCGACGGGAAGCCGUGCCUGGGCGGCUCGCCGGGCUACGCCGCGCCCUACGCCGCGCCCUACCCCUACAGCGGCUUCCCCGCCUACGGCUACGCCGGCGCGGGCGCCUACAACGCGGGCUACGGCUGCAGCUACCCCGCGCCCGGCGGCGCCCCCGCGCAGCCCGCCUGCAGCCCGGCCGCGGCCGCGGGGCCCUUCGCGCCCGGCUUCGGCGGCGGCGGGGCGCAGCCCCUGCACCAGGGCGCGGCGGGGGGCUCCUGCGGCCAGGGCGCGCUGCAGGGCAUCCGGGCCUGGUAGCCGCGGACAGAGCGGGCCCCGCGCCCGCGGGACAGAGCGGGCCCCGACGGCGCCGCUGCCCGCUGUACCCGCCGGGCCCGGAGUCAAUAAACCUGGUGCAACCCC